AUGAAUAGCUAUGAAUAUGAAUUUGCUGUAAAAUGUACCGACAAACUACUAGAAAAUCCAUUAUGUAUAGAAUUUACAAACCCAAUAUCCCGUAAUGAAACAUGGUCUGAAGCAUAUUUCUCAAUAAUUAAAAAACCGAUGGAUCUUUCUACUGUGAAGUCCAAUUUAGAACAACAAUACUACGGAAACUUAGAUGAAUGGAAACAAGAUAUAUUCCAAAUAUGGGCAAACGGAAAGGAAUUUAACGGUCCCCGUACAUUAUUAUAUGUUAUAUGCGAAGUAUUAGAAAAGAAGUGUACAAAAAUGUUUUCAAGGGUCCCGCGAACCGAAAACGAUCUCAUAAAAUUCAAAGUUGAGCGCAUCAACAAAAAAAUCAAAAAGCUCCUUGAUAUGGAGCUACCAGAGAACAGCCUUGCUCCAAGGGCUCCAAUCGAAACCUUGAACCAGGCUGUUUAG